AUGCGCAGCAUCCGAUGCUUCCCCAAGUACGAGGAUCUGCGCUCCGAAGCUCUGAGGCGCUUUCGCGAGGCCCUCAUGACCCGCGGGGUGGACGAAACCACCGUGGUUCUUCGCUGGAGGGACCAGGACGGGCUUCAGUUCACCAUCCACGGCAAAGGCGACGGAGAAGGUCUUUUGGUCGCCAACGACUACUCCCGGCCCAGGGCUGUCGUGGUGGCCCAGCGAUGCAGACGCCGAGGAAAGCAGGGCUUGAUGGUCACAAACUGUGAUGGCCGAAAGUUCCCGUCUCUGCGGCGCAGAAACGGAUACAAGAUCAAGAAAGUGCUCGUUGACGCACCCUGCUCUGGGGACGGCACCCUGCGGAAGAACCCGGGGAACUGGCGCACAUGGUGUGUUGGCGAAGCGCUCACUCUUCACACCCUCCAAGUAGGUUUCGAGUGCCUGGAAGCCGGGGGACGCCUGGUCUACUCCACGUGUUCCCUGAACCCAAUCGAGGAUGAGGCCGUCGUGGCGGCGCUGCUGAAGGAGUUCCCCAGCGCGGCUGUGGAGUCGUGGGAGGAUGCCAGAGAGGGCCGGGAGUUCCAAGAAGGGUUGACGACUUGGAAGGUACCAGAUAUGCACUUUGAGAGGACUGGUGAGAUGUAUUCCUCCUUUGCAGAGCUUUCUGCGUCAUCAGAGCCUCAGAAGUGGGCCUUAGAAUCCAUGUUCCCUCCUUCGGACUCGGUAGCGGAGCAGCUUCGCAAAUGCCGCCGGGUGUUGCCCACAAGCCCGCAAGCCCACCACGGCGGCUUCUUCGUAGCGGUACUUUCCAAGCAAAGUGGGACGGCAACCGCGGCCGCGGCCACAGUGCCACCGGCCGAAAACGAGGAGAUGCAACCAGUGCGCCCCCGCCGGGCUGCUCCACAGCCACCAUUAGGACUCUUCCUGGGGCUACCGGAAGAGGUCAGACGUGACAUCGAGGAUUACUGGGGCCUCUACUCCUCGGAUAUGGCUGCAGAAGUUGGAGUAAAGCGCUUCCCAUCCGAACAGCUGCGACUGAACGCCCUGGGCCAGGUCGUCUUAACCACCCGGAUGCUCUCUCAGUGUUCCAUCGGGAAGAAGGUUCAGCUUCCGAUUGUCGAGGCUGCAUGUACGAUGUUUCCUUCGGCCCUAAGCCGUUUGCCCUUCGACGAAGCUGUUCCUCUGCUCGCCGAGUGUGCAACAAAGCACGUGCAGCAGCUCACAACCACCCAAUUUCGUCAGCUCCUAGAGGAGCCUUACGACGGGGAGGAGGCGGAUGAGGAGGAGGCGCGAGCUGAUCCCUUCCUUGCGACCUGCCACAGCUCUGGCGCCCUCUUCGCUGUCGUCGCAACGAA